CUCAGCUACAACCCACUCCUUUAAAUCAGAUUGUCCUUUCCAAAUCUAUGUCAUGCACAAAUCUUCUAAUGCCUAUCUCCUACUACUGCUGCUAGCUCACGUUCAUUCAUCUAUAAAAACGAAGUUUACUUCUUGGGGCAAGGCAACUGAGGUCUCUUCAUUCAUCUAGGACUCUCAGUAUUGGACUUAAGUCAACUGCAAAUUGCCAGGAUUUUGAAGCACGAUCAUCUGGAAACUUUCGGAAGGAUGAAAGGGAAAAAGGGUAGUGUCGAAAUCGACAUUCCUUUGGCUACCAAGAGUAAUAACCAGCCAGGAAGCGGGAAGGAGUUCGCGUACGACCAUGGGUUCUCAUGCAAAGCGUGGUUGCAGAGUGUCUUGGAGUUUUGCAAGGAAGAUAGCAACAGAGUGAUAUUUGCUCUCAAAGUUGGCCUAGCUGUUCUGCUUGUGUCCUUGCUGAUAUUGUUCCGCGCACCCUAUGAAAUUUUCGGCACCAACAUUAUUUGGUCGAUCCUCACCGUCGCCAUCAUGUUCGAAUAUACAGUUGGUGCUACUUUUAACCGAGGAUUCAACCGAGCGCUCGGCAGCUUGCUCGCGGGGAUUCUGGCCAUCAUGGCUGGUCAGCUCGCUUUCUGUGCCGGCCAGGUUGCCGAACCUUUUAUAAUUGGCAUCAGCAUUUUCCUCGUUGGAACUACUACAUCGCUCCUGAAACUGUGGCCGUCACUCGUUCCGUAUGAGUACGGAUUCAGGGUCAUACUCUUCACCUUCUGCUUGAUAAUAGUAUCCGGUUAUAGAAUGGGAAGCCCGAUAAGGACGGCGAUGAACAGGCUCUACUCAAUUGCCAUUGGAGGGUUUGUGGCGGUCAUAGUCAAUGUGCUUGUUCAUCCUAUCUGGGCCGGAGAGCAGCUGCACAAGGAACUGGUCAAGAGCUUCAACUCGGUCGCUGACUCGCUAGAAGAGUGCGUGAAGAAGUAUUUGGAAGACGACGGUUCAGACCAUCCAGAGUUUUCCAAGACAGUCAUGGACGAAUUUCCCGAUGAGCCUGCUUACCGGAAAUGCCGUGCAACGUUGAACUCCUCAGCGAAGCUUGAUUCUUUGGCAAUUUCGGCAAAAUGGGAGCCACCUCAUGGAAGAUUCCGACACUUCUUCUACCCGUGGUCAGAGUAUGUCAAAGUCGGGGCAGUCUUGAGGUACUGCGCUUACGAGGUGAUGGCUCUUCAUGGUGUUCUGCACUCAGAGAUUCAGGCUCCAUACAAUCUCCGGAUUGCCUUCCGUUCAGAGAUUCAAGACGUCGCCAGUCAAGCGGCGGAGCUGAUGAGGAGCUUGGGGAAGGACAUUAGCACCAUGAAGAGAACACUCAAGACUUCUCUCCUAAAAAGAGUUCACUCCUCUGCCGAGAAGCUGCAGGGCGCUAUAGACCUGCACUCUUAUCUCCUCACAUCCCACAUCAACACGCCCGAAAGACCAUCCAUCAGCAAGCCGCUCAAUCUGAAGCCUGAUGAAAGCUCUGGCGAGCAGAACUCGGGGCCUGCAGUGCAGCAGCCCGAGACGUACCAUGAGAUGAUGAGGAAGCAGUCGAGGAGGCUCUAUUCGUGGCCAUCGAGAGAAGUCGACGCUUUCGAAGAAGAGGGUGCGUUGAACAUGGAUUUCUCGCCGAGAAUGAAUGCCCUCGAGAGCACUGCAUCGCUUUCGCUCGUGACGUUCACGUCACUCCUCAUCGAGUUCGUGGCAAGGUUGGAUCAUUUGGUUGAAGCAGUUGAAGAGCUCUCUAAGAUGGCCAGGUUCAAGUCCGAGGCCCUGUAACUGGGAGAGACUGAGACGACUUACUAAACAAAUGUUGACUUCACAUAAUACUGAACGAGGAUGGGUUACAGAUGAAGUUUCUUGUAAACCAGAACCACGAGCCUUCAGGAACAUAAUACAUAUACUAUGUAAAAAUCAGAGUACAAGAGCCGACGGAUGGAACAAGUUCUGAUUUUUAUUUUAUUUUUUUCACUUGCUUAAUACAAUCUAUGUAGUGUUUUUCCUAAGUACGGAUGAUCAUGGGUGCAGAAUCCAGAAUCUGGUAAUACCAUUUGAAGUUAAAAGUAUGCCCACUUGCCAACCAUAGUUGAUGAGUAAGAUGCGGUAAGUCCAAAGGGAAAUGUUUAGCUAAUGGUGCCGGGAUACUUCAAACAGAAACAGUAGCUUCUCCACCUCUAAUUUGGGAAAAUUCGAGAAACUGGAAGCUGUCGCUUGGUGGGAUUUCCUCAUAUUCCAUUGAGUGAG